AUGGACAAACUCAAAGCUCUGCUGCUCCUGCUGCUCAUCUGCUCUCUACAGCUGGUUUCUGGAGGUCCUUUAGGCUUGCAACGUUCUACUUGCUGUGCAGGGACAACAAAAGUGAAGCUUCCUCUUUAUUUAAUCAGAUCCUACAGAUGGACGAGCAGCUACUGCCCAGUGGCGGCUGUUAUCUUCAGGAUGAUUAAUGGGAAGCAGAUCUGUGUGGAUCCUGAAGCUCCUUGGUUGGUGAAUCACAUGAAAGCGGUGGAUCUUAAAUCAGCAAAUACUCCAAUAAGUUAACAUUGAGGGUUUAAACACCAACAUAUUAAUGUUUUAUUUAUUAACUAAUGCAGAUUAUGUGACCAGUUAUAAAUGUGUUAAUACAUU